CGGUGUUUGUUUACUCCAAUUUAUUGGUUAGAUUAAUACUAAAAUUGCGUAUUUUAAACGCAAAAGCAUGUUGAUACAAUAAAUGUGAUUGGUAAUUGAUGGUCGAAAAAUGAAUAAUCUGCUGAAGUUGAGUGGAGGUAAGGGCGUUAACCUCACUUUCUCAUGUCUAAAAAGACAGUUUCAAAGCGCGACAGUGAAGGUGAAUCCUUUGAGUCGCGUUGAACGUCUGCUGAAGAAGCAUGAGGAGAAGCUGCUGUACUGCGGGUAUGUGGAGGAGACUCCCAACAGGAUGGGGUUCAGACGGACCACCAUCGCCAGGUCAAAGAAUCUUGAAAUCGACAAGGCCUUGGACAUGAAGAGGAGAUCAUUGGAACCGAUUCCUUUGACAUUGUACAGCCAUUUGGGAUUGGAGAGGGAGAAAGUAAGGAAAAAGGUUGCAGUUGAAGCAGAGAAGGCGUGUCCUGUCAAUUUUCCGUACCAAUCGAACGAUGUCAGUGUUAAAGAGGGCGUGGGUUUUGUUAAGGAGGAGGAGUUAGUUUGCGAGGAUCAAAAUUUGGAGGUGAAGACGCGCUGGGAGCUGUACAACAAGUCGGACGAUCAUCUGAGAUGGAUGCAGGAUUACGAGAAUUACGAGCAGAUCGAUGAUGAUGAGGAUGUGGGUGAUGUUUCGAAUGUGAAUUACGGGACGCCGGAUCCGACGACGAAGACGAGCGACGUGCCUUGCGGUGGAUGCGGCGCUCUGCUGCAUUGCAGAGAUACAUCUAUACCGGGAUACAUUCCUUCGGAGAUCUACAAGAACUACGAUAGAGACGGUGGACUGCCGUUGAGCGCGAUCACGUGUCAGAGGUGUCACUUCCUGAAGAACUACGAUUUGGCGCUGCAGGUGCGAGUUUCCGCCGAGGACUACCCGAAAGUGCUUCGGGCCAUCUCGGAGAGGAAGAGCGCUCUGGUCGUGCUGAUGGUCGAUCUGCUGGAUAUGCCUUGCUCGAUUUGGCCGGGAAUCGCCGAUCUGCUGGGAAGACGAAACCCGAUCGUCGUCGUCGGUAACAAGGUGGAUUUGCUGCCGUCCGAUGGUCGCGGAUAUCUGGAGAAAAUCUCGAAGCAGCUGCUGGCGACAGUCAAAGAGUCCGGCUUCGGCAUGAAGAAUAUUUUAGCCGUUUCCUUGAUAUCCGCAAAGACGGGAUACGGUGUCGAGGAUUUAAUCACGAAGCUGCAAAGCGUUUGGCAGACGAGGGGCGACGUCUUCCUGGUGGGAUGCACGAACGUGGGCAAGUCCAGCCUCUUCAACGCUCUCCUCCAAUCGGAUUAUUGCAAAGUGCAGGCGGCGGAUUUGAUACAGAGGGCGACGACGAGUCCGUGGCCGGGAACCACGUUGAAUCUACUCAAGUUUCCCAUUCUGAGACCGAGCGGUAGCAGACUGCACAUGAGGGUGGAACGGUUGAUUUCCAGUAAACGUUUGCAGGCGGACGAACGGAAGCUCCGCCUCGAACAGUUCAAGACGACGAGGAAUCCGAAAUACGCGACGCUCAUUGGACACAUCGAUAGGACGUUCGAUGAUGCGUCGGAGGAAAAGAAGACGCCGUCGGAUGUGUUCGCCGUGCAAGGAAAGGGGAAUUCGAAGGCGAAACCGGAGAUCGGCAUUGACGAGAACGAGAAAAUCUAUCGGCUCAGUAAGUGGUGCUUCGAUACGCCAGGCGUCGUCCAAGAUGAUCAGCUAAUCCAUUUGUUGACCACCGAAGAGAUUCUAUUGACUUUCCCAAAGACUAUCCUGAGACCGCAGACGUUUAGUCUACGCCCAGGCAACACCCUCUUCAUCGCAGGAUUGGCCCGUUUGGACUACCUCGAAGGUGCGGCCACGACGAGGUUCACCGUUUUCUGCUCGUCGAGUCUACCUAUAACCGUCUGCCAGACGACAGAGGCGGAUCGCAUCUACGAGGACUUUGUGGGCACGGAAGUGUUCGCCGUUCCGUCAGGGAAUCCGGAGAGGUUACGUCUGUGGCGAGGACUUCAGCCGUCGAAGAGGGAUUUCACCGUCAGCGGUAUCGACAGGGAUUACUCUUGCGCCGACGUUGUUCUCUCGAAUGCCGGAUGGAUCGCCAUCACGCCGGAAACGAAGGAGAAGUGCACCGUCCGCGGAUGGACACCGGACAGGAAGGGUAUCUAUCUGAGGGAAGCGCUGCUGGCGAGGAGCGUCAAGUACAGGGGGCAACGGAUACGCGGAAGUUGCAUAUACAGAAACAACAGAAUGUACAUGCAUUGAUUUCUACUCUACUCUAUAUUCAAUUUGUAAAUAGUUUUCUUACUCUCA